AUGGAAAGCAUGUCUGGAGAAGACUCUCAGCCAUGGGGCGAACGCUGCCUUAAUGGCCUGAACCGUUCUGUACAAGGACAGCCAAGCAAUUCAGAACACCCAAAUACAGCCGAGACUCCUAGCGGACCACCAGUUGAAAGAGACAAAGGUUACUUCCAGCGUGACCCAAAACGGAGUGAGAUAUCAAAAGACACCCUUGGUACAGAUAACGUACCAGCAAGCAGCUCAGACCAGACCAACAAGCGCCCAGCGAUGACCAGCCGCCAAUCAAGGUCGACGUCUUAUACCCUGGGGCGGAUGAACGAAAACCCCAAGACCUCAGACAAGAUGUUACGGGUGGUGGCACAGCUGGACGACGAGGGGUUGGGCAAUCUGGAGCAACUCAUCAACGAGUUUGCUAAGCAGCAGGCCAAACCCAAGGGACAGCUUACGUCUUCGGACUACCGCGACCAAAAUCCGUGGUACGAUCAAGGGAGAAAUAAGCCGAAUUUCAGUCUUGGCGAGCCCCUGCCACAUGUUGAUGAAGAAAAGGGCCCAGGGCGUGAGCAGGAUAACGAAAAGCCCGUCUUCAGCCUCGGCGAACCGCUGCCGCAUACAGUGCGAAGGACGAGACAGCCCAAACACGACGAGGAAGAUGUGGAGCAGGGCCUGCGCAAGACGGAGACAAGGGACAUGGCCACAAGCUCAGAUGACAGCCAGGAGCCGCCGCGGCCACAGACGUCACAGCAGAGGCGGGAGCAACAGGGCGACCAGGCCGAGGGCACGGAGACGGCCAGGAAGUUCCAGAUCGACGGGGACACGCACGGGGGGCAGCGGGAGCAGGACGCGGCCGAGGAGGGCCGGACGGACCCCGACUCGAUGCGCAACUGGUGGGCGCGGUUCCGGGCCAAGUACCCCGAGCUGAUGGCCGAGCUCCUGUGCACGGCCAUGUCCGUGUUCCUGGGGGUCGCGGGCACGCUCAGCGUCAACCUCUCCAGGGGCCAGGAGUCCCAGUACGGGACGUACGAGACGCUGUGCUGGGCGUGGGGGCUCGCGUUCAUGUUUGGCAUCUACAUGGGCGGCGGCGUCUCGGGUGCCCACAUGAACCCGGCCAUCUCCAUCUCGCUCGCCGUGUAUCGCGGGUUCCCCUGGCGGCGCUGCGCUGCGUACGUCGUCGUGCAGGUCGCCGGUGCGUUUGCGGGCGGCAUUCUUGCAUAUGCGCUGUACUAUGAUGCUAUUAUGGAGGUUGACCCUACGAUGACCGAGACAUACACGAGCUGGUGCGCUGUCCCCCAGCCGUGGGUGAAGCCGGCCACGGCCUUCUUUUCAGAGUUCCUAGGCGGCGCUGUCAUAAUGGUGGCCGUGCUCUCCCUCGGUGACGACCAGAACAACCCGCCAGGCGCGGGAAUGCACGCCUUUAUCAUCGGAUUGCUGGUGGCCGUGUGUAAGAUGACCCUUGGCUACAACACCGGCGGCGCCCUGAACCCGGCCGCAGACCUGGGGCCGCGCCUGGCCGCGCUGGCCGGCGGGUACCGGAGUCCCGAACUGUUUGGGACGGGCUUCUGGGCGUAUGGCCCUUGGGGCGCCAGCGUCUCUGGUGCACUGGUUGGCAGCGCCGUGUAUGAUGCUGUCGUCUUCGUCGGUAGCGAGUCUCCUAUCAACUACCGCUGGUCGAAGGAGCAGCACAAGUGGCGGGCGCUCAUGAAAAAGUAG